AUGGCUCUGGUGGUGGCCACCUACAUGGCCACAGGUAGGAGCCCAGACACUGGGCAUCCUUGUAGCCUUUUGGUGGCAGCAUGGGCCUUGGAUAUCCUCAUAGAUCCUGGCUGUGGUAGGACCACAGACCCAGAUGUGGCCAUUGGCAGCAGCCUGCGCCCAGACUACACCAUAGCCUCCAGUGCUAGUUAUGUAUCAAAUCCCAUUUGCAAGGGUUGUUUGUCUUGUUCAAAGGACAACGGGUGCAGCCGAUGUCAACAGAAGCUCUUCUUCUUCCUGCGGAGAGAAGGAAUGCUGCAGUAUUGGGAGUGUCUGCAUUCCUGCCCAUCGGGGUACUACGGACAUCGAGCCCCAGAUAUGAACAGAUGUGCAAGAUGCAGAAUAGAAAACUGUGACUCUUGCUUUAGCAAAGACUUUUGUACCAAGUGCAAAGUAGGCUUUUAUUUGCAUAGAGGCCGAUGCUUCGAUGAAUGCCCGGAUGGUUUUGCACCAUUAGAUGAGACCAUGGAAUGUGUAGGGAAGAGAACACCAAAGGCCAAGGAGAAGAGAAACAAGAAGAAGAGGAGGAAGUUGACUGAGCGAGCCCAAGAGCAGCACAGCGUCUUUCUAGCUACAGACAGAGCUAACCAAUAA